AUGGCAACAAACAUGAAGAAGAAAUUUGAAAAAUAUUGGGGUGAUCCAACAAAAAUGAAUAAGAUACUUUUUAUACCUUGUGUUUUGGAUCCUCGUCACAAAUUUACCACUCUUAGUUUUUCACUUAAGAAUAUGUUUGGGAAUAAUGCACCAACUAUAGAAAAAGAUGUGCGAGAGUACAUGAAAUCAUUAUUUAAUGAGUAUUCAUCGUCUGCUUCAAAAGACAAAUGUGGUAAACUAUCUUCAGAAGUUGAGGCUUCUAGUUCAAGCUCUAUGGUUGAUAUUGGUGACUUUUAUGAGGAGUUGAGUAGACACACAUCUGGGAGUGGAGCCGAGAAUUGUUUUUACACUGAAUUUCUGUUUUCUGGUUUUUGA